CCAUCUUUGUCAUUUUCUCAAACAAAGAAACUUGACUUACUAUUACUUUCCUUAUAUAUAUUACUCACUCUUACAUCUUAAAAAAAAAUUAUAAUUUCCUAAAAACUAUUACUUUCCUUUCUAAAAACUUUUGCUUCUCUCAUUUACAGAAAAAACAUUAAGUUAAAGAGAAGCAAAAAAAAAUAAGCAAAAACAAAAAAAUGGGAUUAGAUACAUGGAGUUUAACGGCGAAGUUAUGCGACUCAUGCAAAACGACGUCGGCUACAGUAUUCUGCCGUGCCGAUUCUGCGUUUCUCUGUUUACUUUGCGAUUCCAAAAUCCACGCGGCUAAUAAGCUCGCGUCGAGACACGCGCGCGUUUGGGUUUGCGAAGUGUGUGAACAAGCUCCGGCGAGUGUCACGUGCAAGGCGGACGCCGCCGCACUCUGUGUCACGUGCGAUAAUGAUAUUCAUUCUGCUAAUCCUUUAGCUCGUCGGCAUGAACGGGUUCCGGUGGUGCCGUUUUACGACUCUAAUGUUGAAGUGAAAUCUCACGGCGGCACCGACGGUGACGAUGAUGAGAAGAACCUUUUUCCGGAUACAUGUGAUCAACCAGAGGAAGAAGCAGAAGCAGCAUCAUGGAUACUUCAAAAUCCAAAAGAAGUAACAGAUGAUCAGCACCAGUAUAAAUCAUCUUGUGUUGGUGAUUUUUCGUUUAACGAUAUGGAUUCUUAUUUGGAUAUGGAUAUCAUGUCGAUAGAGCAGAAGCCGCAGAUUCAUCAUCACCACCCAGAACAUCAGCACCAUGGAAAUUACAGCAGCACUGACGGAGUUGUGCCUGAGGCAACUACUUAUUUGCCAGGUCCAGUUGUUGAUGGAUUUCCUUCAUAUGAAAUGGAUUUUGCUGGAUCUAAGCCUUAUUUGUACAAUUUCAACUCCCAAUCCAUUAGCCAGAGUGUUUCCUCAUCAUCCAUGGACGUUGGAGUUGUGCCAGACCAUAGUAUAAUGACGGAUGAAUCGAACACCUUUAUGAUCACCUCAUCAGCCUUGGGUGCCGUCGGAGAUACCGCACCGAAUCCAUUAUCUGGUGUAGACAGAGAAGCGAGAGUAAUGAGGUACAGAGAGAAAAGGAAGAAUAGAAAGUUCGAAAAGACUAUUCGAUAUGCUUCUAGAAAGGCUUAUGCUGAAACUCGACCCAGAAUUAAAGGGAGAUUCGCUAAACGUACUGAAAUCGAAAUUGAUUCCCUUAUUGCCGUUGAUGCUUCUUCAUACGGCGUCGUUCCGUCUUUUUAAAUUUUAUGUAUAUUAGCAAAAAAGAAAAAAAAAAAUUGAAUUUUGUUUUUAUUUAUUUUUUAUGUUGUUGUUGAGGAGGAUGGUAACUAUGUGCAUAUAUCUAAUUUUGUUUCCCUUUUUGUGUAAUUCAAUAGCUAUUUUUCUUGAAAA